AUGUCGCAGAUUGAGACAAGACGCUUUCGCCGAUAUGAAUCCUUACAGUGCGUAUCCUUUCAAUCUCCUGGCACUGACAGCAAUGAUGAUGCAUCCAAUGAGGACGAGACGCCCAAGAUGACGAUUCCUGUAACGUUGGGAAGAGAGGUCUUUUGGGGGUGCCGAUCACUGACGCACGUAAAGUUUCCAUCGAACAUGGCGCUCACCGAGAUUCCAGGCCACGCCUUUUCUUAUUGUUUUGCCUUGCAUACAUUUGAAUUGCCUGGUUCUUCUCAGUCCUCACUCAAAGUUAUAGGGGAGUGUGCCUUUUUGUUUUGUGAGGCCCUGACAGAACUAGUAAUGCCUGAUUCUAUUGUGGAAAUCAAGCGACAGGCAUUCUUUGAGUGUCGCAAACUCCGAUUGGUCACGAUGCCGAAUCGAUUGGAGAUGAUUGGAAAGGAAGCCUUCGCGUAUUGCUCCGAACUCCAACACAUGACCUUGUCGUCAUCCGUGCAUUCUCUGGGCAUCAAUGUCUUUCACAAUUGCCGCAGCAUGCGGUUUUUGGACUUGGACGGGACCUACGGAACAAAUGAUCGACACAAGUUGGCUCUGGCCAUUCAACUCUGUGUGCUGUAUCCAAAGGAAACCCAACUGAAGAUUUCCAUGGAUAAAUUGGUCCACCAGUAUGCUCGACACAAAAUCAAGCCAUCGGAGCUCUUGACUAGAACUCCAAGCGAGACCAAGAAGUUGAAGGAGAUACAGCGGGCCUAUAUUGAGUCUAUUCGAGAACUUGUCCUUUGGACAAUUUGUGAAGCUGGCCUGAUCCGCUGA